CUCCCCGAGUGCCUCUUCUCACCAACAGCUAACGGUAGCUAGCAAGCUGUCAAGUGGAGAGGCUGGGGCAGACGUUUCAGCUCCCCCCUGGCUUGGCUUCCCAAAGCCUCACGAAAACAAAAACGCUAAUCUAUUCCUCGCGAUCGCCUCCUGAGAUAAUGUAACGCAUCAAGGUCGUACCCAAAGAGAAACCUCCGCUCAAACGCCAUUUCUAUGCACUGGGUCUUGUGUGACGAUUGCUCUUUGCUAGUCGGCUAACCUACCCGAGCCUAAACCCAGUCAAAGCUCACUUUCGUCGCUGGACGUGAGACUUCCCGUCCCGGUGUGAACUCGAGCGUUGGUCACCGCCUCGACGUCUGUUGCUAGUAACCACUAUUUUGGACAUUCGGUUUCAAGAGGGACAUAAUGGGGGCAUUUCUGGACAAACCAAAGAUGGAAAAAUACAAUUCCCAUGGUGAGGGUAACAGCCUGCGUUUUGGGCUGAGCAGUAUGCAGGGCUGGCGGGUAGAAAUGGAAGAUGCACACACGGCAGUAAUUGGCUUGCCUCACGGUCUCGACCCCUGGUCAUUUUUUGCUGUUUAUGAUGGGCAUGCCGGCUCUCAGGUGGCCAAGUAUUGCUGCGAGCACCUGUUGGAGCACAUCACCAGCAACUCAGACUUCCAGAGUGCUCUGCAGGAGGAUCCCUCUGUGGAAAGUGUGAAGAACGGCAUCCGCACAGGUUUCCUUGAGAUCGACGAUCACAUGCGAACCAUCUCAGAGAAAAAGCACGGCGUGGACCGAAGUGGCUCUACUGCGGUUGGCGUGAUGAUAUCACCAAGCCACGUCUACUUUAUUAACUGUGGCGACUCGCGAGGACUCCUUAGCCGUGGGGGUGCUGUGCACUUCUUCACGCAGGAUCACAAACCCAGUAACCCUCUGGAGAAGGAGAGGAUCCUGAAUGCCGGUGGCUCAGUCAUGAUACAGCGAGUUAACGGCUCCCUGGCUGUCUCUCGGGCCCUCGGAGAUUUCGACUACAAGUGUGUGCAUGGGAAAGGCCCAACAGAGCAGCUCGUCUCUCCCGAGCCUGAAGUUUAUGCAAUCGAAAGAUGCGAAGGGGAUGAUGAAUUUAUAAUUCUUGCUUGUGAUGGCAUCUGGGAUGUUAUGGCCAAUGAAGAACUCUGUGACUUUGUCCGGUCACGGCUAGAAGUCACGGAUGAUCUUGAAAGAGUCAGCAAUGAAAUUGUUGAUACUUGCCUGUACAAGGGUAGUCGGGACAAUAUGAGUGUUGUUUUAAUCUGUUUUCCUGGUGCUCCAAAAGUUUCUUCAGAAGCAGUAAAACGAGAAGCCGAGUUGGAUAAGUAUCUGGAGUCAAGAGUAGAAGACAUCCUCAAAAAGCAGGGAGAUGAAGGCGUACCAGACUUAGUCCACGUUAUGAGGACGUUGGCAUCUGAGAGCAUCCCCAACCUCCCUCCCGGGGGAGAGCUUGCAAGCAAACGAAGUGUUAUUGAAGCUGUGUACAACAAACUCAACCCCUACCGAAGUGAUGACACAGAUUCUGACGUCCUCAUCUUCCGUGGUUUCAGCUAAAAAAAAAAACAACAGCUAAUCGGGAUGUUUUAUCAAGCCUCCAUUGCCAUCACUUCCUCCUGUGUGAAGUGUGAGUGUGGCUCAUUUAUACAUCUGCCAUGACUGACCAGUCAUUCAACAUUUCAUCCUUGUACUGCAUCUUUUUUUUUUCUUUGGUUUGUUUUUUUUUCUUAUUAAUUAUGCCCUGUGACUGACACGUUGACGGGACUAGUCCAGGUUGUACCCCACCUCUCACGGACCAGACAAACACACUAGAAAAUCGAUGAAUGGAUAGAUUGAUGUUCAUCACCGGGAUUGUAAUUUGCAGCAAUGUAUUCAUCAUAUCAUAUAUGGGGGGAAAAAAUGUGAAUAUCUUCCUAAUUAAGUUGAAUUAUAUUGUGGUGCAGGUGUACCUAAUGUUGUGGCCAGUGAAUUGUAUUGUCUUGCAGCUCUGUUUGCCACUGCUUAACAACAUUCCAAACAGUGGCUUCAAUUCUGGCUCCAGUCCUGCGUGCUCUAUUAUAAUUCUAUUGUUGUCCUUUAUGAAAUGACAACUUCUUCGAUGGGGGUGCUUUUAACCCUUUCAGGGACAGCGGUCACUACAGUGGACAGCUUAUCAUGUUAUCAGGUUACAGGGCGCAUGAAAGAGUUAAGAUGGCACAUUCCGGCCAGACAGACUCGAGCCAUUAAAAUAUUCCAAGCUCAUUUAUUAAACUCAACACGAUUGAUAUUUUUCCUCAUGAGAUGAUUUUAUAUGUUUUAUGUCACCCACUAAGUAAAUGAAUUAGUAACCAUUAUAUACAGUGAAGUAGUUGGAGUUGAAAUCAAAUUUUACCUAAGAGCUAUAGUAUCCAUACUAAGCUACUUUCCACCCCCACUGCAAUGUAAAGCCAUUUUUCCCCCCCCCAUUUCAGCAAGAUGGUUUUGAUCCGUGGAGGAUUGAUGGGAACGUCUUCUUCAAGUGUUUGUGUCCCAAAUAAACCUUGAAAUCAAUCUGUGCAAACGUGUGUAUUUUUUCAUGUUUACUUUCUGUGUGUGAGAUUUCAGCGGCGAAUGAGACGAGAGAGAACUCUUGAAACAAUUUCAAGUGGUUAAGCUUUUUCCACACGAGCUUUGUCCGCUCAUAAAAUUAAUUUGCAGGCAUCACAUUGUGCGCACACAUUGGUGAUCACUUGUCAUUGUUUUGGCGAUACAUCCAUGGAAAAAAAUUAUUAGACACCUUGUUUUCUUCACUUUUUUGUUCAUUUGAAUACCUUGUCCCACAAAAGCUGUACCACGUGACAGACAGAAAAGAAUACAUGGAACGAAUCACCGUUUUUUUGACAGUCCAAUGCCAUAGCUAUUUAUGGAAGAAUUUGUGAAGUGACUUUGAUUAUUAUCAAGAAAACUUUUGGAAAUUGUCUCGAACGUCUCUGAAAUUUAACUCUUAUCAGCUGUUUUUCUCUGUCAUCAUAUUUGUCCUAGCAAAUGAAUUUUUAAGUUGUGCCGGGCAUUUAACAUGAAAUAA